UUAAUUUAGCAAGCUUUUUCAAGUGAUGCUGACCGUGUUGAAGAAAUUUUGAGGGAAAUGACCCAGUCCUGGCCUGCUCCUCUGACAGCCAUCCACACACCUCGUACAGCUGAGCUUUCGAAAAACAGUUUCCCAGUAAAGGAGCCUCAACAUGUUGCAGCUGCUCCACAAAGCCAAAAACACCACCAUGUUUCAUCUCCCAGAACAGUUUCUGUCUCUCAGCAAGCAGUAUCAAUGCUAGAAGAUGACCUUCAGCUUAGUGAAACUGAUGAAAGUGAUGAAGACCAGAUUUGUGAAGAUGGAGUACCCGCUCCAGCAAUAACAAGUGAAUCUGUUUCAGAGCAUGUGUGCACAACACCUGCAUGUUCCAACAACAGAGUAUUGGAGUCUUCCAGUGAUACAAAUACCUCAUCUGAGUCUGAUUCAGAGAGUGAAAGCAGCUCUACAGCUAGUGACAAAGGCCAUCCCAUAAGAACUGAUAUUCUAGAGCCAGGUCCUCCAAGAGUGAACAGUUGGCAAUUGGAUAAUUGGUUGCCAAGGGUAAACCCAACAGCUGAAAGCAAUGCUCUGAGUGACGACCAUGAUCAACAGGAGCUCUCAGACCACUGUAGGACAAAUGUACCUUUGGACCAUUGUAAGUCUCAUGAUCCAUAUUGCAUAAAUGUGAAUAGUGAGACACUUUUUGCAGAAGGUGAGAGUUUGAGCAGGGAGAACUGUAAAAAAAACUUUUCUCAAAAUGAUGACACUUCUCGGAGACAAUUAGCUGAUACAAAGCAGCUAAAGAAACCUCCAAAGAUCUUUACAUCUGAAGAUGCAGAGAGCAGUAUCAAGAAAAAAAGUGAGCCUGAGCUAUGCAGUACAAAAAUUACUUCCUCAGAGGUGAAACUUAAAGUGAAAAAGGAUGGAGUUGGUGAGCUGUCAGAACAAAAGCAGCCAAAGCCUUUACCGGUCAGUGUGUCAUCUUUCAGUACUAAACACAAGGGUGUGGAUCAGUCAACAUUAUUACUGUCAUCUGGCUAUGACUCUGACAGAGAGGAUGUGCCAUCUUACUCUUGUGAGCUUCCUUCAGCUCCCACAGUUUCAAACCGAUCUAAUGAUCAGAAAAGAGAAAACAAGGAACCAAAGCAGUAUAAGCAAAUGCCAUUCUCUAAUGAAAGCAUGUCAGUGUCAGACAAGGUAAAUGGCAUGCCACUUACAUUGAUUGUAAAAAUUGAUUUGAGUCUGCUUUCAAGAAUUCCUAAUCCACCUGGAAAAAAAGACUGCUCCAGAAAGUCAGAUGUGAUAGAGUCUUCCAGCACAAAGAAAAGUAUGAAAAAGAACACCGAAAAGGCAUUGACAGACCACCACAGGAAAAGAAAGGGUGAAGAAGAUGGAAGCUCAAAGGAUGUCAAGAAGCUAAAGCUGGUUAAAGAAAACAAGUUGUCGUUCUCAGUAAAUGAGGAAGAAUCCUGUAAGAGCAUAACUUUUAAAAAAUCCUCUGAGAGGAAGAGUGAACCAUUGCCUGUACCUGUAACUUCAGCCCACAAGCAUGCUAAAUCUGAACACAAGAAACGGAGAAGUGACAGUGUUAUCAGUGGCCAACUAUCCACAUUAAAUGCUAAGAGCAUAAGUCACCACCAUAAUCGCCACCAUGACUCAUCAUUGUCAAAGCAUCGAAGAACAGAUGGACAAACUGAAGUGCCACAAAACAUAGAGCCUCCAACAGACAAUAAAAAUAAUUCAUCAUUAUCUUCACUACUAAUAGCAAAGACUAAGAUAUCAAAGCCUCUUCUGAAAUUUGAUGACAGUAAAAAAUGUGAUGCAGAACGAUGCAUUAAAAAUGCCAAAAAGUUAAAGCACAAAGCUGAUGCCAUGGAAAUGACUGAUAAGAUCGGAAGAGCAUUUACGUACUUAGAUGCUGCCCUGUCUUUUAUUCAGUGUGCUGUAUCCAUGGAAUGUGAUACAGAGGCACCUAAAUCAGGAUAUACCAUGUUCUCAGAGACUGUGGAUCUCAUUAAAUUUAUAAUGAAGCUGAAGACAUUUGCAGACUCUUCAUCACCUGUUGAAAAACCAUUCACAGUUUUAAGCAUGCGCUGUCUGUCCUUGCUGUACAUGGCUAUGUUUCGUCAUAAAAAAGACACUGCAAUGAAGUAUUCACGUGUCCUUGGUGAACACUUUAAGAACACUUCCAAGACAGCACAGUCCCAGUCUACUUACUCUGCCAGAAAUACAAGCGGGUCUUGUCCUCUGUCUCCAUCAUCAUCUACCAACUGUGGCAGUUCCCAGAGUGGUCUGAAUGCUGGCAGCAGCAGCACUUCCUCAAUCAAUGUUCCACAGAUGAUCCAUCAAAUGGCCUCCUACUAUGUCAGCGUUACUUCCCUCUUCCUGUAUGCUCAUGAUACUUGGGAGCAAGCAGAAUUUUUAGCAAAAAACAGCAAGGAAUUCUUCAACGAGCUUGAUGCUGCCAUGAAUCCUCUAACCCUCAACAGCAGUAUGACCGAACUAGUACAGUACACGAGACAAGGUUUACACUGGCUGAGAUUGGACUCGAACACACAGUAGUGUGCAAAGGACCAGCUUGUGUGCUACUUUCUGAUUCCAGCUCUUACAGAGACAGAGAUCACGUAUGGUGGAAGUCUGGUCAUCAUAUUAAAAGCUUUAAAAUUCUUGCCCAUAUGGGUUCAUCAGCAUUACACACACAUUUUUUCCAAGGCUAAAAUGUCCCACAAGGGUUAAUGACUUGAUCAUCACUGGUAUUUUUUCCAUGUUUACCAUAAGUGCCCUAAUUAUAACGAGUAAAGACAGAAGAGUAUAUGAAACCAAUCUAAGGAAAGCAGAUCACAAUAUAUUGACCUGUACUAUGACACCAUUCAUGAGCCUUCAGAACUAAUCCACGAAGAGUGCAUUGCAAUUUAUAGACCUGUACACUGACACCAUCAUUUGUGAACUGUUGAGUUCAGUUUAAUUGACUACAGAAACAAAAAAGUGGUCUAUGAAGGCAACUAUAUCAGCAAAGAUAAAUGAUCUGUGAAUGUGCAUUCCAACAUUAAGAGGAUUGUGUUUGUUUUUGGUCUGCUUAUUAUGCCCACAUUAGAAUGCCAGUAUAUGAAUAGUUAGUUGCAUUUGAUUUGCUGUUUUAAUUAAGGUGCACCCCACUAUAUGGCCCACUGUACAUACAGUUAAGUCCAGAUGUUGACAAGAGGAUUUCAUGAAAGGUGUAACAUAGCUGCUUUAUGUAUUGUUAAAAUGAUUGCUUAUGUCUUAAAAGGUUAGGCUAAUUUAUUUGUUUAAUUAUCUAGUUGAAAUAUAUUAUCAAAGAUGAUAAUCUGACAUUGAAACUAAAGCCAGGAAAGAUUAAAUCUUUGUAAAUGCCCUUUGCAGUCAGAAGUGGAAGCUGAAUUAUCUAAACUUGGUGCCUUUGUGAAAUGAGUCUUGUAAAUGAAAAAUACAGCUGUUUUUGUAUUUAACUUGCAGCAGUAAUCAUUGAAAGAAAAUAGCCUGUAUGCUGUUUUCAUAACUGCCUGAUUUUACUGUUUAGCAAAUGGCUGCUGAAUAACAGGAUAUGUGUACUCCUACCUGGUGUUCCUUGAAUAUGUAGUUUCAGCAGUUGCUUUUCAUCUAUAACAGGAAAAUACAGAUUCUGUUUUGAGGUAGGGGGAGUCUUUAUACAAUACUUAAGAUGCCUUUUUUCAUGAUACCAAGACAAAAUACACUGUAUAAGGAAAGUUGAAGUUUGUUGCCUUUAUCCCCAUUACUUCUUUCUAAUUUCCUUUAAUCAAAUUUGAGCUUGCUGUAAAUCAGGGCAAGGGAAAUUUCUUCUGUGGUGGCCUUCUCCAUCAGACUUAUUUUCACUGUCAAGAACUUUCACACAGCUGUCCUUCACAAAGACAGACACCUUCCUGACCCAGCAAAAUGGAUGAGAGAAGACUGAAGCAUUCGUCACUUCUCACUGCCCAAAGAUGGAGAUAAUGGAUCACUGGAAGAACCAACAGAGUGCCCGUUGAAGGAUCCUGUGCAGGGGAGGAUAAGCAGAAUCUAAAGGGCAAUGGAACUAGGGCUAACACCACCAGGGCUUUGCCUGCGUUAGCAGUCCACUGUUUAUGCAGUGGCCUGUGCUCUUGGCUGAUUUUCAUCUUAUUGUACAAGGCCAUUGUCCAGAUAUUCAGCUUCAGACAUAUAUGUAUUUGAGUAGUGAGAUGUCACUGCAGCAUCUAGUUUUGGGAACAAGACCUGGGCCAAGGUGCCACCUGUUAAAGUCAUGUUGUAUGACCAAGGAGUGGGUCUUUGAGGCUCAUAUGCACAUACAGUUGGGUCUCUGGAACAGUUUCCAUUUUUCUGUCUCUCUCCCCCUAUCUUCUCCCAGAUAAAUGGGUAGUCACCUCUGGGAACUGAAUUAAUUCUUACACGCCCCCAUGUCUUUCUUUGCAUUGUAAGGUUUGCCCCUGUUGAGAAUAGUCUUUGAGAACUUGCACAAUGUUUUGUGGCAACUGAUGAGAAUACGAGAAGGCAGUUUUCAGCAGUUUGGUUAGGUGUCAUGAAUGCAAUAUGGGGACCAUCUGCCCCUUCUGUUGAGGUACUGCCUUUGAUAAAUUUCUCAUGUUGUACAUCAUAGGGCUGAUACCAUAACUGGUGUUGUGAGAUAAUUAUCACAAAUGAAGGGCUAGAAAACAGGAGACAGAAGAGAAGGCAUGGGCUGUCCAUUUCUGGGCUGUCUCUUUCUCCUUCAUAUUCUUUUGCCUUUACAUAAUCUGAGGUGUUAGAGAUUCUAUUGAAAAUAUU